ACUCUGCUGAACAAGAGACACAACUACGACUGUACCCUACUGGAAGCAAUGUUGGUCGGCAUUGGAGUGUCAGUCCUUCUGAUGCUGUUGUACCGGUAUCGAGUCGUUGCAGGUACUAACUAUUAAUAGCUGGAUAGCAGAGACGUUUGCCACUUUUUCUCUGGGCUGCCAGUUGCCAGCGGUAUCUCCUAUUGACUUUGAGUUUUGUUCUUUCUUCCAUCAUUCACAGAAGAUGACAAUGAGGGCUGUCGCAUCUACCUGGCCCCCAGUACCAUACAUGGUGCGGGAAUGGGUGUCUAUGCCGGCAUUGACUAUGAUCAGCAUGAUAAGAUACUCUAUGGGGACAUUGCCAUUCCAAUUGAUGAUCUACCGUUUCACACUGGAAGCGACGACUCGGUUGUUCGCGAAUUCUACAUCUGGAGCGAUUACUCUUGGGACAGUACCAUUGCAGGGAGUGUUGUCAAUUUUGAUUACGAAGGAGCAGGUGAUGGGCCCCUCAAAACCAUGGAGCUGGCUUCCAUGGGAAUUGGGGCCAUGCCAAAUUGCAAGUUUGGUUUUGUCAAUCUAUACACCGAGAGCAUGCUGGCCGAUACCGCAAACCUAGAUCGAAACAGCCCUGGGAAUGGAGCCUUUACUCCCUAUCAUGAACGGACGGGUUAUGCCGAAGAAAACAUUAUGGCAGGUUCAGAGCUCUUUGAAGACUAUGGAACGUCCUACUUUGACGGCCGAGAAAGCUUGAAACAUCUACCUCACCAAGCCGACUACGAGAAUGCGGACGAAAUCUUGGAAAGUCUGGGAGAAUUGCGCGAUGCACUGGCCCAAAUACCACGAAACAAACGACUUGCAAUCUUCCAAGAUAUCUACGACAUUGUCAAAGGAGCUUGGGGUGACAACUCCCGAAUCCUACAAGCUCUUCCCAACCCACCCGACAACCUACAAGAUUUCCAAGACAUCGAGUCUGGCAGCUAUGGAACUGCUGGCUUCUUUGAUACUAUCAUUCAAAAGGGAUCCAAGUAUUUGGAAAAGAAACAAUCCGUGAGAGACCUUGAUUGGUUGAAAGAACAUGGUGUCUGUAUGGAUGGGAUCAAGAGUGGUACCAGUGGCAUCCCUCAUGCUGGACGAGGUGCCUUUGCGACCCGAUCGUUUCGGAAAGGAGAUGUCAUUGCCCCCAUGCCUCUUAUUCACAUGCCACAGCGGGAUGUACUUACGAUGUAUGCCCAAAAGACAAGAGGGAAUGACGAUGAUGCCGUGGAAGACAAAGACUGGGAUGAGUCUUACCCCCCUCGUGUUCGGGAUCCUUCCAACCCAGUAGCAUUGCAACUGUUCUUGAAUUAUUGCUUUGGCCAUCCCAACUCGACCAUGCUACUGUCGCCCUAUGGUGCAAUCACGUCCUUGAUCAAUCACGGUUCUGUCAAAAGCGGUGCUGCCAAUGCUCACUUGACUUGGGCUGACAACUGGCAGGGGCAUCCAGAAUGGUUGGACUAUACUCCGGAAGAAUUGCUGGAGUACCCUCAUGCUGGUUUGGGUUUCAAUGUGAUUGCGCUCCGUGACAUUGCGCCAGACGAGGAAAUCUUGAUGGACUACGGGCCCGACUGGGAAUCCGCGUGGGAGGAGCAUGUGCAAAACUGGCAUGCUUUGGAAACAAAACCAACAGGCACGUCCGUACCGUACACACCUGCGGCGAAACUGAAUCAAGACAUUGAGCAAUCACUUGUGGAUGCUUUAGAAUUGGGCUAUGAAUACAUGGGGCGAGGAGUUACUCUGUAUUGCUACCAUCCCAGGCCAUUAUUUCCUCCAAGUAGUGACAAUGAUGAUGACGACACUGACGAGGAAGAAGAAGGCAGUGCUGAUGCCUUGCACGAGUGUCGACCGGUGGAAGUAUCGGAUGGGCGGAAUGGUAGUAAACUAGUAUUUGUGGCGGAACUCAUUGAAUGGGUUGAAAACGACGAUGAUUGGGAAAUGGUAGUUCACGAGACUCUGUUUGCGGCACCAUCUAGCAUCUUCGAGUUCCAUGAUCUCCCCUUUACGACAGCCUUUCAAAUGCCGUGGUCUUUUCGACACGAAAUUGGCAUUCCGGACUCUCUGCUCCCCACUGCCUGGUUGAAUCAGUAAUCGGUAAUCAGCAGUACCGUACUAGUAAAGUAGUGGCCAAGACGCCCCCUGCACGAGGUGUACGUACUAGUACGGUACCGGUAUUUCUCGGUGAAUUUGAGAGAACGUCAUGAGCUGUAUUAUUUGAGGUUCCUGGCUAAUAAUAAUAAGUAGCUACCGUAGUUGGUACAUGUAUGCAUAUGUACAUGUAGCUACGGUAAGAGCUACUAAAAUAAAAUACAGUACAG